UAGGUUCCAUGGCACUGAGUGUAAAGGACAAGUUGGGGACAUUUUGGAACAAUGUUAACAGGAAAAAGACAAUAAGGGAUGACUUUCACGAGACACCCCUGAAAAAAUGUUUGAAUACUUUCGAUAUGACCCUCCUUGGUGUAGGACAAAUGGUCGGAGCAGGACUCUAUGUUCUCACCGGAACCGUGGUCGCAGACCUUGCUGGGCCGUCUGCUAUUCUUUCCUACCUUUUCGCCGGCAUUGCUGCAAUUUUGUCGGCGCUUUGCUAUGCCGAGUUUGGUGCCCGUGUUCCUAAAGCUGGUUCCGCCUAUUCUUACACAUACAUUGCUAUUGGAGAGGUAUGGGCUUUUGUUAUCGGAUGGAACAUUGUUCUUGAACAUUUGCUCGGAGCAGCCAUUGCGCGCGCGUGGAGUGGCGCCAUUGAUGCACUAUUCAAUGGUGAAAUUAGAAAAAGUACGUUAGAAAACGUUGGUUACCUUAGUCACGAAUCACGAUGGAUUUCUGACUAUCCAGAUUUUAUUGCCAUGGCCAUCACCAUAUUAAUCUUUGCUGUUAUAGCGUCAGGUGCAAAGUUCACCGUUCACUUCAACACUGUUUUCACGGCAUUCAACUGUGCUGUGAUUCUAUUUUUAGUAAUCGCCGGAUUUGCAUUUGCGGAUAAGCGGAAUUGGACAGAACAUGGCGGCUUUUUUCCAUACGGGUUCGGAGGGUCUCUGGCUGGUGCAGCAACAUGUUUUUAUGCUUAUAUAGGCUUUGAGGGAAUAGCAGUCUCUAGUGAAGAGGCAAGGGAACCCGAGAAGUCAAUCCCUAUUGCAACAAUUUCCUCGUUGCUAAUUGUUUCGGUGAUUUACAUACUAGCAACCACAGCAUUAACAUUGAUUGUUCCCUAUUAUGACGUAGAUCCGGCCGCUGCAUUUCCAGCUGCAUUUGCGACACGUGGUAUAAUGUGGGCGAAGUAUAGUGCCGGAAUAGGGACACUGUUUGGAAUAACCACUUCACUGCUUGGCAGCGCCUUUUCUCUGCCACGAUCAGUUUACGCCAUGGCACAAGAUGGGCUUCUGUUCAAAUCACUAGCUUAUGGCCAUCCAAAGUUCCAGACGCCAGUGUUGGCCAUUGUUAUAUUCGGAUCAGUCUCGGCUUUGAUGGCAUUACUAUUUGAAAUAACAACAUUAGUGGAAUUCAUGUCGAUAGGAACAUUGACUGCUUAUACAAUCGUGUCAGCAAGUGUUAUUGUGUUACGGUAUCUUCCUGUUUAUAAAUGUCAAUUUAAACUCAAACCGGAAGAAGAGCAGCCGAUUCACGAUGAUACCUCCCCCACUGAAGAGUCUUCAAUUAUUAAAAAAUCAAAAAGCCAAGAUGACUUUGGAAAGCUUAAACACAAACUUCGUGCACUUCCUAUUCUUAACAAAUUUGAACCAGGGAACGCUGUAAUGCUUGCAGCCCUUUGAUUACUAUUCGUGAGCAUCCUAUGUACAAAUUCGUUAUUGAUAUUUGGAUAUGAUGAGCUAAGUGAUGGGUCCUGGUGGGCUAUUAUUCUGCUGAUAGUGUUCGUUGCCAUGGUAAUCACGUGCUACCUCGUGAUGGUAGCACACGAGAAAAAUGACGCAUUUCUAACAUUUCAGAUACCAUUGGUUCCAUUAAUACCCGCACUGAGUAUAGCAUGUAACACAGCAUUAAUGAUGAAACUAGGUUAUCUAACAUGGCUACGAUUGGGAAUAUGGAUGGCAGUAGGUUUUCUGCUAUAUUUUGCCUACGGUAUGCGUAACAGUAUUGAGGGUAAGGCUGUAACGUAUGGUCCCAUGAUAACGUACGGGGGUGAGGCUGACAUGUCAACGGGAACCCUGGCCAGACUUGACGAGGAGGUCGUGCAGCAACAGCCGGAGGCAAGGGAAGAAAUGAAAUCAUACGGCACAUAAUGGAAGACCAAGAGAGUGAAAUAAUUGUAUAUUCAACAAAACACAUUGCCAAAAGUAGAAUUUGGAAAGGAAACCGGAAGUUGACAAUAAUUGUCAGUGUAACUGUACAAGGAACCGGAUGUUGGUGGAAGCAUUGUGUUGCAUUAUGGGUGUUGUUGUGAGGCUUGUGCAGUGUUAUCUAUGUAGUCAAAUAAUUGUUAUAUUAAUUUAAACCAAUGCCAAAUAAUUAUAUCUUCUUUUCAUUUCAAAAUAAUACAAAAUACAGGCCUAUACAUACUUUCAUUAUUAAAAGAUCGUCACGUUGAAAUGAUAUCCAUUAUUUACUGUUUAUUUGUCACUGCCAGUGAACAAAUCUCUCUUACCAUGUUGUUGUGAGCAAAUACUUCCACGUAGUUAAAUCACUAAAGUAUUUUUAUUAAUUAAAAUUUUUCUGUUUCAUUUUCUGUAUAUAGUAAGUAAAGAAGUCAGAACAUUUUAAUCCUUUUGAAAUGGGACAACAUAUCAUAUGACAAGGCAGAACUGAUGGCCACGAGGGGCUUGGAUAACUAAAUGAAAUAAUAACCACGUCAUAGAAAAAAUAUGCACUUGAAAUUCAUUUAUUUUCUUAACAUCACCUACAUAAAUAACACAUAUAUAUAUUUUAAGCAUUUUUAUGAUCAUAUUUUGCUUUUUAAAAUAAUUUUUAGAACGUCAUUAUACAAUGUUGUAAGACCAUAACGUUUUAAUAAUUAUGUUUGAUGACGUCACAAAUGACAUAUUUUUCAUUCUCCGGAACUCCGUACUUACAAACCCAUCCUCUGAACUAGAAUAAGUAUAUGCGAGGAAUCGAAGUCAAACCCAAAGCAUACCAUUUCGAACCGAUGUACAAGACAUGUUCAAAACAGAACAAUAAUUAUGUUAUCCCUGUUUCUGUAUGAAAUAAAUUACCAUUGACUUAAUAUUUAGAAAAAAUAUUUUAUGAGUAUUAAAAACAUUUGCCAGUGUUAUAUUAUCAAUGUUAAUUGUUAUGACAUAUUUAAUCAAAGAGAAAAUAAAUUUUCUGUAUGAACAAUAUAAGUUGCUUGAUUAAUUUCUCCCCAUAUAUUUGACUUACAAUAUUUUAAAUAUGAGCCAUGGUGACGCCGAUUGUAGCUCAAUACUUUGUUAUUUUUAUAUCUUUUUUUAAACAUUGAAAAUACAAAGAAACCAAAUGGCAGAUAAG